CACUGAAGGUACGACGGCGGCUGCGGAGCAUACCUGUGAUUAUUCUGCUGCUCUGCAAUGGGUUGCUUUUAUUUCCUGGCCUCGUUCUUAUUUACCUCCUGCCUCGUUCUAGGUGCUGAACCGCCUACAAAAUAUGUCCUCAAGGGGACGGGGGAGAGCUUGAAGCCGGCCUUUUCUGGACAACCAAAUUCAAUUCUGUGGAAACAUAACGGAAACAAAGUGGUGGAGUUUGACAGCAGAGAGGAACAGGUGUACGGAGCGUACAAAAACAGGAUCACUCUCGACUGGAUCUCGGCAGAGCUCGAAAUCACCGGCCUGAAGUUUGAAGACAGAGGACUCUAUGAAGUGGAAGUCGACAUCAACAACAUGUUACAUCUGUCAGAAUUCAAACUGGAGGUCAUAGACAAGGUUGCCAUGCCGACCAUAUCUUGUGAGAUAAACAAAGACGGUGGCUCCGAUGUUUCUGAGGUCCGGGCGACGCUGCUGUGCUCUGCAGACCCCAACCCACCUGAGUCCAUGAUGAAGUUUGAGUGGAGAGCACGGGGAAAAUCACAACCGGGACACAAGUUUAAUAUUUCUCUGGGAGACGAACGAGAUAACGAAGAAUACAGAUGUUCAGUCAGCAACCCUGUGAGCAGUGAGACGGCGACAUUCACAGCAAAGGAUUGUUAUCACGAUAAUUCAUCUGUAGCUGUGGCUGUCAGUCUGACUGUCGUUGGUUUAAUCGUACUCGUGUUGAUCAUCUUCUUCUGCAAAAAGAGACAAAAAGCAUGUUUUGCUAAAGGACAACAGGAUGAUGAGGAGAAACAGACUGAAGGCUCAGAUAAGAAGAAGGCUCAGGGAGGUGAAACCAGUCCUCUUCUUGGUCAGCGACUCAAUAAUACUAUGAGCCCCAAUCACCCUGAUAGCAUGGUCAAAGAAGACACUGAAUUACUCUUGGAAAAAGUGAAUGUCAAGAAGAUGAUACGUGAAAUAAACAGACGGGCUGGUCAAGAACCUGUUGGAGAUCCAGAGCAACCAGAAGGUAACUUCAAUGAGAAGAUAGAAUUCUUUGAAAAAAAGGCUAAAGAACCUCAACAGACUAAAAACAUAACAGGUAAUUUUGAAUGGGAAGUAGAUUUUUGCAAACAGCUGCAGCUGAU